CGAAAAGCGGGACAAUCCCGCACGCAGUCCGAUUGUAGCCGUAUUCGUGUGCGGUCGGAUAAUUGCGCCGUUGCCGAAUUUCGCGAAUAUUCCCGAUUAAGAGAGAACAUCAUCGUCAGUCGUGUGGUCCGCGCUCAAUUUUGCCUGUUGAGCCCGUGCGUGUGUAAUUCGAUCUUGGCCGCAGUAAAAAGGAUCCGUUUUCUUGGUGUAAUAGGAAAAGAGGGUCGAUCAGUGGACGGUUGUAAUAAUGAUGAAAAACAGGCAGAGUGCGGUGCUUGACAUGCAGGGUCUCCAACCCUUUUCUUUAUAUGACGAUUCGGGAAACAGCUGUGGUUCGUCCGUAGUCUCCGAUUUUACCGGGAACGAAGAUGAAUGCGUUCUUCAGGUGUCCGAUUUAGAUUCUGAAAGUAACGAUGGACGAUCUGAAGCUAUACAGUGUGACAUUGGUCAAGACUCAGAUGACGAAUGCGUCGAGGUGGGGGGCCCAUACGAUUUUGGAGCUCCCCAAAACAAAGACAACACAUUUGAUGAAGAUGCUCAAGCCAAAUUAGCGGUAUUAUCAUACGAACAAAUCUGUAGGCUUAAUGACGUUAUGGAAGAAACCGUCAGUAUAGUUGGUAGAGGAAACUUUCCUACCCUCGAAAUACGACUGCGCGAUCUGGUGGACAUCGUCAGGGCGAAGCUGGAGGGUGAUCCUACCGCGGGUGGGGCAGGGAUGCGCGUUCGCGAUAUUAGAUUGAAUGGUGGAGCAGCAUCACAUGUAUUAGCUGCAGGUCAAGACCAGCCAUACAACGACGUAGAUCUGAUCUUUGGGGUAGAACUGAGCUCACCCAGGAACUUCGACAAGGUCAAAGCGGCGGUGUUGAGUUCAUUAUACGACAUGUUGCCAGACGGAGUCAGUCGCAAACGAAUAUCUACCUGUAGUCUAAAAGAAGCUUAUGUCAGCAAAAUGGUCAAGGUUAACAACCAAUCGGACUCUGGUGAUCGCUGGUCUCUCAUUUCCCUUGGCUGCCAACGUGGCAGGGGAGUCGAACUAAAAUUCGUCGACCGCAUGCGCCGUCAGUUCGAGUUCAGCGUAGACUCGUUCCAGAUCGUUUUGGACUCGCUGUUGCUGUUCUACCGCUGCGCCACCACCGACCAAGACGGAAACCCCACCGCAAUGAUCAGCGAGAAUUUUUAUCCCACGGUUGUAGGUGAAUCUGUGUUCGGUGACUUUCAGGAGGCCUUAUACCACUUACAGAAGAGAUUGAUAUCGACGAGGAGGCCCGAGGAGAUACGUGGCGGGGGAUUGUUGAAAUAUUGCAUGCUUUUAGUGAAGAAUUAUCGGCCGGCUCAUCCGGAUUAUAUUCGAUUAUUGGAAAGAUACAUGUGCUCUCGGUUCUUCAUAGACUUUUCGGAUGUGACCCAGCAAAGGUCGAAGCUUGAAACGUAUCUUUGGAACCACUUCGGCAGCGGCCCAGAAGAGGCGGCAGCAAGGCACCGGUUUCUUUUGCUUUUGCACGAUGUUGUUGCGCAAAGCACGGUCUGCCUGAUGGGUCACGAGCGCAGGCAGACUUUACACCUCAUUAAGAAUUUGGCAUGGCAGGUGCUUUAUCAAGACCAAGGUCAUCAACAGCAGCAACCACAGCACAUGUUGGCACCACCGCAGGCCGCCCCCGCCGUUCCGCCCCUGGUCAUCGCCAACGGUUACAUUUACGCCCCGAUUACGAUAGCGACUUCGCCAUGUCAGUUCUGCGGCUGCGGGUCCUCCUGGAUGACGUGCUGCAGCACGUGACCUUGCGUAGAUCUUAAAAACGAAACGUUCGACUAAUCCCGGACGAAAUCGUGAGAAAUCGGCCGCGGACGUUAAGUUUAAAAAAAAAACACAGUACAGGACUUAAUUUUUUUUUUUUGAUUGAUUAUAAUCUUACACCGUUGCUGCUUUUAGGAGUUGUAUUCUUCUCUUCAUAUGUGAGAGAACAAAGGUUACUAAGUUACCACUGUUAAAUGAUGAUCUCAAGGCUCGAAAGCAGCGCGUGUUUACUGUAACGUCCGCGGCCAUUACAAGAAAACAAAAAAAAGUAAAAAAAAAGUUAAAAAAAAUUAAUGGUGAUAAAAUGUAAAAAGUUACGUGUCGUAAUUAAAACAAACAUUCCCUACAAUCGUAAACUAUGGACUGAAAGGUUGGAAAUAAUGCUACAAAUUUAAAGUAGAGUACCUAUGCUACUAUUAUAACUAUAAGCUAAUUUGACGACAUGUUUUUUUAAGCUUAAUAAAUUCCUGAGACAGAAGCAAAACGAGUUCUGUGGAGAGAAAAAUUAAGAAAAUAUUUUUUAAUAAUAUAAAUUUUACGAUCGCUGUGAGGGACCAUUGAUUGCUUUUUUAAUUAGCAGCUGAAAAGGAAAUUAUUGGUAAUUUUCUGGAAAUUGCCAAUGAACAAAGCUUUUACUAUUUUAUCUGAAGUAACCAUUUUUGUUACUUAAAUGUGACCAGCAACUCCUUAACUCGCUAAAAUUCAAACAAAUUUUGGAUUGAGAUUGAAUUUGGAUAUAACAACUAAUUUCUUCUUGAAAGUCUUAUAAUAGCACACCCUACAAUUUAUCAUUUUGUUUUGAUUUAUUCAGAUUUUUUCUACAUUUUCUUUAAAAAUCCAAUGUGACUGUAGUAUUUUAUAAGCGCAAAAAGACAAAUAAAGAAACUAUCACCACACUUUGAUAUUGAGACUAAAAGCUGACUUUGGACUUCUAUAUAUUCAAUUUUACCAUCGAUUUUUUAAAUUAGUAACAAUUCUUUCGAAUCGAAUGAUACAGCUACUUAGAGAUUUACUUUUCAUAUAGCGUGUUUCUCAAGUUCCUCUGGAGCUGCACUUGGGAGGUGAUUUGUUGUCUAGAUAAUCAGUAUAAUUUUCUAGAUCGAAUUGUAAUUCCUCUGGAUUCAGUUUUAAGCAAACUUGAGAACAAUUAGAUAGAUACUUAGAAUGGUUGGUCACAUUUAGGAUAUUUCUUAGGCCUUUUUAUAGGAAAAAAAUUAGUGUACCUAGGAAGUGAUGCUCUAAAGGAAACUGAGCAUUAUUUAUUUUGCGAUGAUGUUACUUCGAAUAUUUGAAUUAUGCUAUAUUGGAAAUUCACUGCAUAAGCAUGUUUCUAACUAUUUUUCCAGGCACCUAAGUAUGCGUUCCCAGUGUGAACACUUUUUGAAGUAAAUGCGAGCAAUAUUUUAAAACCCAUUUUUAUUGAAGAAUUUGCAAUAUGGUCUUUUUUGAGAGAAAAAAUAUAGGUACAGUCAUUUUUUCCAAAAAAAAAAAACAAAUUUUUACGGCAGAGUUAGCUCUAUUCCUUCGGAAUCUUCUCAAGACUUUCUUUCCUUCGUAGAGAAGUUUAACUCUAGAUUACCUAUUUCUUUAUUUAUAUUUACUAAUCUCUAGUUAUUUAAAAUUUCACAAUGCUGAUCAAUACUCAAUUUAGCACUUAUCUUCACAUAAGCUGUAAAGUAGAUCCAACUGUAUUUAAACAGGGUAGAAAAGCUAUACUUUAACCAAAAUUUUGUAGUUAGAUAAUUUUUAUCUUUGUCUUCUUCAUUGUCGUGAUGUAUUUUUAUUGCAGACGUGGAACCUUUUUCUCAAGUUUCUAAGCCAAUUUUUUUCUUUUACUAGUUUCUUUUUUCUAGUAAUCCCCUUUUCUCUAGUAAUCUGUUUUUCAUUUUUCUUUUUUCAUUCUUCUCAGAACCUCUACAUUUUAUAUGCAUUAACUAUUCCAAUAUCCAACAACAUAUUCUGGAGGUCUUGCAUAAGUUUGAUAAAAAGUACUAUAUUCUCUGCAUAAAGCAAUCUUCUAUGUAUUGCAUCUUUGCAGAUAAUAAGUUGAAAUAAUCUGAUUAUUGUGAAAAAUAAGUGAAAAUCUCCAAUCAUUGACCCUUCAGCGUUGAAAUUUUUGAAAAGCAGAUUUCAGAACUCGUUUUGCCCAAGUGUUUCUUAUAUCGUAUAAUCAUACAAUUUAGUAUUUAAUUGCUACAAGGGAAACACGUCUUGCUGGACUAACGAAUAAUACUAGUAUGGAUACCAAUAAAAGGGCCUAACUCAGUUCUUCAUUUUUCGAUUUUACCUUUUGCAGUAAGGUUAAGUCCCCAUUUGUCGAGCUGUCUUAUGCCCAUAUAUUAACUAUCCUACUUUACAAUGCAUUUAUGUUUAGUCCAGCAUGUCAUUAAAACCUGUUGUAAUAAAAAAAAAAUUUUUAAAAACAAUGAAAACAUGAACAAUCAACUUCGAAAUACAAGAAAACUGUGACAAUGAAUUUUAGUUAACUAUUACCGUAUUAAAUUAUUGUUGCAGCCCACUUGUCUUAAGAGUAGCGCCAACAUACGGUGGGACGAACAACCGUUGGCGGCGAGUCAUUGCGAUGGUGUAAGGCUGUGAAACACAAAUAUAUAAUCACUGGUUGUGUAUUAUAGAGAUCCUCUAAAAAUUGGAUGUAUAAACCAAUUCUUGUAGCUCAUAAAAGGGUUCCAAAGUACUUAAAUCCUUAACAAAAUUCAUCCUCGCUCGCACUCGCAAUAUUUUUUCAAAUCAUUGUUAGCAUUUAUUAUGUUAGUUAGGCUUCAGUUAAUAGACAUUAAAACUUAUAGACGAAAAUAAAAAUUUAAGUAAGCUACGAGAAUGAGAGAGUACAAGGGACGCAUUUGCUUCUUGGUAACGCCGCAUAUUAUUUAUUAUGAGAUUAAGCUUGAAUUGUCAGUGGUGUAGAAAACUCUCUCGGCAAUAUGAUAAAAGUUAAUGUUUCAAAGCAAGAUUUGAGAAUCAGAGAGCAAAAGAAAAGUACAUAUAUGCUGCUAGGCAACGUCGCAUAUUAGUCUUUAAUAUUUGUCACAAUUACCGAUAAAAAAAAUUGGUGUACUUUCAUUGGUUUACGUAGGUAUAAAUCCAAAUUUCAUAAAAAUCCGUCAAAUAGAAAACAUUUUAUUCGUCCUGUCAUAUUUCAAAGCAAGCUAAAGAGCGCUCCAGAGUUACUUCUUGGCAACGUCGUAUAUUAGUGUGAUGCGAAAAUUAAUUUCCGAUAAAAACAAUAAUUGGGUUUAAAUUAUUUAUUUGUUUACUCCUAUUUGCUCACAAAAAUCUCUUUCAAAUUUCACAUAUCUAAUUAAUCUUAAACUGCCCAAAAAAUGUCAAUGGCAUUAAAGCUAUUAGAUAACAAGAAUGAAAAAUUUAAUAUUUCAACGCAAAUUAUAAGAAUGAGAUAGCACGAAAGCUAUGUGAGCUAUUUGGUAACGUUGCAUAUCACGAAUCUUUACAAUCAAAACUGCAACAAGGUUACCAGUUUUGAUAAUUAUAUUUUUUCCAUAUUUAUCUAAAAGUAUUUGAACUAAUGAAUUACUUUUAUAUUAUUAUCUAACCUAAUUAAUUUAACCAAUGAAUAAAUUAAUGUGGGUUUAAAUUAUUUACCUUUUUAGUAUUAUAACACUUUUACACAAAUUGGCAAAAAUUCACCGAAACACAAAUUUCUCGUUCUAUCACAUUGGCAAAUUAAUGACUGCCUAGCCUAGACAGAAACACAGUCAAAAUUGAAUGAUGAAAUUUACUGGAAACGAUAAUGCAACGUUGCCAAUAUGUAUAUAGUGUCGAAGAAAGCCUCAACUUUUCUUCAUUACUAUCGUUUUUUAACUUAAAUGAAAGAAGAAAAAGGUUUCUUCUUGACAACGUUGUAUGCUUCCCCAAUAACAGUUAGGGUAAUUUUCCGUAUUGUAUGCAAAAUAGUAACUUGGCAAUAAUAAUAGAGUAGGUAAUAUAAAAAACCCAAAAUGCAUAAGACGGUCAACUAAAACAUAAAAGCUCUCUACAUAAAAAUACAAUGCGGCGUCGCGAAAAUCCCUAAAAUUUCUGGAAACUCUAGUUUUCUGUCAUUAACAUCCUUACAUUUUAAUGCCUUUUAAAACAUUAGUAAGAAAUGCUAACAAUAAAGUACUUGUUCCUAAUUUUGAAAAAUAACUAUUUUGGAACCUGUAUUAGGCGUCACUCACUCUGUUACGUUUCAUUCAAAAAUUGUAUUUUAGGCCUAUAGGCGUUUCACUUUGUCACCGUUAGGAUAUUCAAUUUGGAAAUAGAAAAAAAAUAGGUACAGUUUAGAAGAAAUUUGAAAAAAAUUUUAAGCUAUUUGAGGCUCUGAGAAUAUCCUUUUUUUAUCGCCAAUUAAGAUGGUAUUUGUGUACAGAUAUAUUGCCAUAUAAAUGAAACAUCUACCUUCAUUCAUCUCUAGUGAAAUACUUUCCUCCUUCUUCUUCUUGGUUUACCCCCUCUUCUUCUUUAGCUUCCUCUCUCUCCUUUAGAUUCUGAUAUAAAUGUUUGAAUGAUUAAUAAUUCCAGUAUAUCUGUAUGCGCAUCCACGUUAUUUACUAUAAGGAAAUGUUUUCAGAAUAAAUAUUUACUUAAAAAUAUUAUUAUGGGUUGUGUAUAUUACACUGUUGAAUUUCUGUUUAAAAAAAUAAAUAAAUAAAUUGCUAUACCGACUCUUGUGCAGUCUAUUAUAAUUAGUUGAUAAACAGUAGUCUUAACGCUCUAAAAUAGAAAAAAAAAUCGUAAAAAAUUAAUUAUAUCUUUAUCUAAGUAGAACUUAUUAUUGAUUAUCUUACUACUAUUAUUAUAUUCUCUUGUUCUUUUAUGAUAUUUAUUUUAUAGAUGUAGAUUUACGAAAGCAUGCAAAAUGUAAGUGGUAUUUUUUUUUAAAACUUACAUUUGACAAGAAGGCAUUUAAUUAAAGCACUUAAGGCGGGUGAAAGACUAAAAAUCGUAAAAAGUUAAUUAGAAUUUCACUUCUUUCACCUAUUUCUUUAUUUGAAAAUUUGGUGGUUGCUUAGGCCGUUAAAAUAAAAUUUUAACAAAAUGCUUGUUGUCGUAGUAUAUAAGUUAUACAGGGUGUCUAAAAUAGGGUCUUUUUUCUUUAAGAUAUGGGGAUAGUUAAAUUAGCAAAAUUGGCGUUUUUUUUCUGAUCAAUCUAGUGAAAAUAGUUUAAUCUUUUUUAAGGGAUAUUAUUACAUCAAUCGAUAGAAAGUGUUUUUUUAAACAACAAAAAGGUCUUUUGAUUACAUUUUUUGCCUGAAGUUAAAAAUAAAGCGUUACCUUGGGUGCAUAUUUAGGACGCGUUUUUAGUACAGUUUCUGUUUAAUGAAGGGUAAGAAAUACCAAUAGAACGUUAGAGCAUUUAUCUAGGAAAAAGAACAUUUGCCUAUACGUCGUCAUAUACAGAAUGCCACAUAAUGGGCGUGAUCGUUAUGAUUUAAAUGCUACAUAACUUUUUUAUUUUUAAAUACAAUUUAAAAAUCUUUUUUUUAAAUAACACACAGACUUGGAAAAUAUUCUUAACUUAAUGUGAAAAAUUACGUCUUGCAGUUGUCUCAAUUUUCUGCUCCACAAAGUCGUGGUCUUUCCAACACAUCUUACGUGACUUCAGGGAUGGUCGCUGGCUUAUUGAUAUAAACUCUCUCUUUCAUAAAUAGCCACAAUGAAAAAAAAGUCUAGAGCAGUCAAAUCCGGCGAGCGCGGCGGCCAAUGAAAAUCGAUUGGUGAAAUUCUCCCGUUACAGGACACAGGUACCAUGUCAUUGAAAACACAAUUUAAAGGUGAUUUUCCAAAACUGGUCUCAAAAAAAUGUUCAGCAGGGUAUGGUGAACAGCAUUGGUUGUAACGGUAGCACCGGCUUCAUUUUCGCUUCAUUUUCAAUGCAGCUCUCGCUGAUAAAGUGCUUUUGGAUUCUCUGUAAUCCAACGCAAAAUAAGCUUCAUCACUCAUUAUCAAAUUGUUAAUAAUAUCAGGAUUUUCUGCUGUUUUUAGCUGCAACCAAUAGCAUAAUCAAGCCGUUGAGGGUAGUAUACUGGAUUUACUUAUUGCUUAGCUGGAUUGUGUAGGCCAAUAUUCGCAAGGUGGCGAAAAUUCUCUGAAUAGACCUUCGUAAUAGACCAAGUUACGCAGAACGUCUCUUGGUUGAUGUUUCUGAACUUCCUUGCAUCUCUUCCUUACACGUUCAAUAUUCGUCGCUUUACAUGGCCUUCCGACUGCAGAACUGUUUCUAACUGAACCUUGUUGCCGAAAAUUUAUGACCAUGCAAAUUAUUGUUAUCACUGAGGGUCCUAUCCAGUCCUCACAAUAAAAUAUCAUCGAUUUGCACGCUGCAUCAGAAUAACUGAGUUUCCGUUUAAAAAACAAAAUUCAAUGAUUUUUGUUCGUUGUUCUCAUUCUUCUUUGCCCAAUUCUGAAAUAACAAAAAAUAUGAUUUUAAAUAAAUAAGUUAUAAAGCAUUUAAACCAUACCACUAAAUAUGCGCCAUCCUGGACCAGAUAUAGUUAUUAGAAUAUUUAUAUAACAGUGAGACAGUUUAGAAAAUUCUUGAUGAUGUGUAGACUUUAACCACACAUAAAGCGUUUAAAGAGCAUUUUUGUGUAAUGAAAAAUUCUAAAAAAAUUAAAUAUUGUUCUCGGUUAAGUUCCAGGAGACAAGAUCUAAGUACAAUUUUUAAAAGGCAUUUUUGUCCAACUGAAAUAUAGAUAGACAUAUAUAUUUUCAAACUAUUUGAAAAUAUGUACAAAAAGGAACUUGCGUUCUGGCUUUGCACCAUUACAGUUCUGCCCAUUAUUACAAUUUUUAUAUUUAAAUGAAGACUUUAUUCAUAUAAAUCACAUUUGACAUGUUGCAUUAUUUUUCUUCUUUAUUUUUCUCGCUUUGUUUGUUGGUUUAUCACUUUUUCUGAUUUGUUUAUUAAUAACUUUUUUCAUCUUUUAAUGUCAACUAUUUUCAUUUUCGCCAUUAAUUCUCUCUGUUAGGAUUUUGUUUUUUUGUUCUUGUUCGUGUUGUUUAUUUCCAAUAUAUUUGCUAUCUAUCGGUGUUAUAAUGUCCCAUAUAAAAAUGGCUUUUGGUUCUGAACCUAAAAGUGCAAAAUUCUCAUUUUAACUAUCCUUCUCUUAUCCUUGAGAAUAAAGUAGCUAGUAAAGACACCUAGUAUGUAGUUUAUUGGUUAUGUAUGUAUAAAAAUUAUAUCUUGUAAAAUUAACAUAAAGCAUCUAAAACAAGUUUACAGUACUAAAUAUUAACGGUGAAUCUGUUCUUAUACUAAAAACUAUCUUGCCAAAACGGGUUUGUUCUUAAAAUUAAAAAAAACGCGUAAAUCUGUCUUAUAAACGCAUUGUGCCAUGAAAUAUAUUUUUUUGAUGCAUAUAUUUUUUUAUUUAAUGUCUUUUAUUAACAUUGUUGCGCUUGGUAGAAUAUAAGAACUAAGAUAUAGAAAUCAAAAUAUUUAUUGUAAAAAGAGAACGUUUUAUUUUUAGAGAUAUUAGACAUUUAUAAACAGUCGAGAAAUACUUUUUAAUAUCAUCAUCAAUAAACAAUAUUACCUAAGUAGUUAAAAGGGCGAUAACAUCGACCGUAUAGUAAAUCGUUAAAAUAGUUAAUUCAAGGUACUUUUAAGGACACACUGUAAUAUUCAAUUAGAUUUGUAACAUUUAAAAGUUAAGCGAAAAAAAGUAUUAAUUCAAGAUUCACCGGCACGGGUUGAAAAGAAAUAAAUAUACAGAAGUUAAAGAGGAAAAAUCUAUUUUGGUUGAAAACUUGUAUAAUAUAAAUAUAAUAAGUAAGUGGGGCCUGAUUGUAUAUUUUUAUCGUGCCGCAAAGCCCCAGGGUACGAUAAAAGAAAAAUGAGAUAUAUUAUGUAAAAAAACUAUAAAAUUCAAUAAAAAUUAUUUCAA